UGAAAACCUCGAACGAAGACGGUAGAAAAGCUGCCCGAGUUAGGGCGGUUGUGUAUUAGGUUUGGGAAACGGGAACUGCACUUGCAUUCUGUAAGAGAUUCGGGAUUAUUCACACGCAAAAAAAAAGUGCAGCAGGAUGGUGUCGGAACGUUACGAGCUCAAUAUGAGCAUGAAGUGUGUGAAGUACAUGAUCUUCGUCAUCAGCAUCACGUUUGCUGUAGUGGCGGCGCUGCUUCUGUCGAUGGCCGUUGCCAUCGGUAACCUCUUCGAUGACUUCCAGAACUUUAUCGAUUCGCACUUCUUCGUGCCGCCGAAUCUGCUGAUCGCCGUUGGCAUCAUUCUCAUGGUGAUCGCCUUGUUCGGGUGCGUCGGAGCUCUCAAGGAGAGCACGGUCAUGAUCAAUAUUUACGGUGCGUUGCUGCUGAUCGUGUUCAUACUGCAGCUGUCCGCCGCCAUCGCAGCGUUUGUGAUGCGCGGUCAGGUCGAGCAGAUGGUUCGUCAGAAAAUCUUCGACUCCAUGGCUGACUACAAGGAGCAGGAGGGCUAUCAUAAUCCCAUCGAUACGCUCCAGAACACACUUGAAUGUUGUGGUGUGGACGGAUACGCUGAUUGGGCUCAGUAUUUGCCCUCUAACGGACUGGUGAUGGAAUACCCGGAGACCUGCUGCUCGGAGGUUCCGAUCGAUGGAGAAUGCAGACCACGCGAGUUCGGCUGUUACGCGCGUCUAUCAUGGCUCAUCUCGCAGGGUUCGGUACUGAUCGCAACUGGUACGGUGGCCGUUGCCUUCGUGCAGGUGUUGGGAGCUGUAUGUGCGUUCAUGCUUGCUACUGCGAUCCGACGUGCAAAGACUCUGCGAGCGACCCGACGUUGGCAUCUGCAUCAGAGCCUCGGCAUCAUGACCAAGCCGCACUACACCGGCAUGGAGAAGUCGGAUGGUAGCGUUGACCCGGAUAAGUAUCUUCCGACUUGCCCUAGCGUCAACUAAAGAGUGAUCGCUACGCUUUUAGAGCGCCACCGAAACCGUACCCGGCGGGAAUCCAGCCCUUUAUGCUUUACCUCUUUGCUUCGACCCGGAGCGGUUAUCUGUAUUGCACUGGCAUGUAGUGUAUGAUCUUCGUGAUGAAUAAAUAUUAUGUUAAGUGUAUCCAAUUAGAGCCAUCGAAGACUCCUUUCACUCCAGCGGAUUAUUAAUUGGGUCAAGUAGGCGUAGGAAAAAGUUCCAACGCCAUCUGGUGUGGAACGAUAAAAGCUAGCUGUUAUGCUAUUCAUGUGCAACUUCAUUAGCACAGGAAAGUUUUUGCUUAAAAAAAAUCCCCAGUAAAAUAUCUCUAUAAAAGGAUUACUUAUGCAGCUGAUGAGGCUCAUAAAACAAGCGUAAAAUAAAACCCUGCAA